CUUCGUUUUCCAUGCUGGUGUUAGCACAGCCGUUCAAAUCUGCCUUAGGUUUACCUUUAAAUUUAGUGAUUUCAGGAGUUAGUUUACGUCCGAACAAUAGAUAGAACUGAGUAGCUGAAAGCUAAUGACAAGUAAACUCUAAAAGUGAAAACAUAGAGACUUGGUAAAGGCUGAAUGCCGCCGAAUAGCCCUGAAAUACACAAACUUUAACGUUCCACAUUAGGAGCAAUUCUCUAAUAGUCCCAUAUGAAGUUGACUGGAGACAUGUGGACUCUGUGCUGCAGGUACAGAGGAGGCUUGCAGCCAUGGCAGGCAAGGGUCGUGGAGUAGCUGCCUUUACCUUCAACAUUGACGCUCUGGGCAUCGGCAGGGGCAGCAUGCCAGAAGCCAGGGUGGGGCCCAGCCCGCUGUUUCCAAGCACAGACUUUAAGCCAGUGCCACUGAAAGCUGGCGAAGAUGAGGACUACAUGCUGGCCUUAAAGCAGGAGAUGAGGGGAACGAUGCAGCGGCUACCACACAACAUCAAGCCUCUGUCCAACAAAGCAGAAGUGGAGAAGUACACGGAGCGAUACCUGAAGCAAAGCCAGAUGGAGGAUGAGGAAUGGACUCCAGACUGGAACCUCUUCCCAAAAGAAUUGAUGCCCCAAAAGAAAAAACCUUGUGCUAAACCAGGCAUAAAGAAGAAAACUGUGAAGAUAUCACGCAAAGACGCAGAAGAUCUGCUGAGUAAAUUAGAUGAACUGGCAAAGAAAGAUGACGGGAACCCAGAAAAAUCAGACGAUGAGACCGAAAAGAAAACUGAGGAUAAGAAUGAGGAGGAAGAAAUUGAAGCGGAAGAAUAUGAUGAAGAGGAUAUUGAAGAGGAAAACGACUACAUUGACAGCUAUUUUGACAAUGGCGAAGAUUUUGCUGCAGAAAGUGAUGAUAAUAUGGACGGUGAAGGAACAUACUGAGAGGGUGUCACUCAAGCAUGCGUACACGGUUGAAGUUGACAAUCGUCAUGUGAUUGUUUCUUUUGGUUAAAUAUUGUACAUAAGUUGGGAAUACUGUUUAGCAGAGUGAUAGUGGGUUUGUUAAGUUUGAGCUUGAGACGCAAGCUGUCCGUAAAGGCAUAUGUAAAUAAGAGAAGCCAAACUAUGUGCACACUGGCAAUAAUUUAUUCAAAAUAGAUGUAUUUAUUUUUCAGCCUGUAGCACAUUUCCACAGGUUGAAAGGCACAUACUGUCAACAACACUUAAUGCUUUUUCAUGAAGUAUCACAGUGAUAAAAUAAAAGGGCUAUAUAACAAAGUGUAAAA